CUCUCUCACACACACACACACACACACACCAUUUCUGAGUUUACUGCAAUAGCCUCCAACUUAAUAUACCCUACUGAUGGGUAACUCCGAUUACGAAUAUCCAUCAAUGAACAUCGAGUGCGCACAUCGCGUUGCAAUUCCACCACCACAACCAUUUUUCAAGUCACUGAAAAACUCCCUCAAGGAAACUUUUUUCCCCGAUGACCCACUUCGGCAGUUUAAGCACCAGCCACCAUCUCGGAAACUAGUACUGGGCCUUCAGUAUGUCUUUCCGAUCUUUGAUUGGGGUGGGCGUUACAGUUUCGAGUUCUUCAAAGCUGACCUCAUCGCCGGAAUCACCAUUGCCAGCCUCGCAAUUCCUCAGGGAAUUAGUUAUGCUAAACUAGCAAACUUGCCACCUAUUCUUGGCCUAUAUUCCAGCUUUAUUCCGCCGGUGGUUUACGCGAUGAUGGGGAGUUCAAGAGAUUUGGCGGUGGGUACUGUUGCUGUUGCAUCACUUCUCACAGGUUCGAUGUUGGGGAAGGAAGUUAAUGCCAUUGAGAAUCCACAGCUUUAUCUUCACCUUGCUUUCACGGCGACAUUCUUUGCCGGAGUCUUCCAAGCUUCAUUGGGCAUAUUAAGGCUAGGGUUUAUAGUGGAUUUUCUAUCACAUGCAGCCAUAGUAGGUUUCAUGGCAGGAGCAGCCACCGUGGUAUGCCUUCAACAGCUCAAAGGGCUACUUGGGCUUGACCAUUUUACUCAUGGAACCGACGUUGUGUCUGUCAUACGCUCUGUAUUCAGCCAAACCCAUAAGUGGAGAUGGGAAAGUGUUCUAUUGGGAUGCUGUUUCCUUUUCUACCUCCUGCUAGCUAAAUACUUUAGCAAGGGAAGACCAAAGCUCUUUUGGAUUUCAGCAAUGGCACCUCUUACGUCUGUUAUCUUGGGAAGUCUUCUUGCCUACCUUACUCACGCUGAAAAACAUGGUGUCCAAGUGAUAGGGCACUUGAAGAAAGGGCUAAAUCCUCCAUCAAUAAUGGAUUUAGCUUUUGGGUCAGAAUAUCUGUCAACGGCCCUCAAAACCGGCAUAGUCACGGGUGUCAUAGCCCUAGCGGAAGGAAUCGCAGUUGGCCGAAGCUUUGCUAUGUUCAGGAAUUACCAUAUUGAUGGGAACAAAGAGAUGAUUGCUUUUGGAAUGAUGAAUAUUGCUGGUUCUUGCACUUCCUGUUAUCUCACUACAGGACCGUUUUCGCGAUCUGCAGUGAACUUCAAUGCAGGAUGCAAGACAGCAGUUUCUAACAUUGUCAUGGCACUGGCAAUCAUGGUCACACUGUUAUUCUUAACACCAUUGUUCCAUUACACUCCUCUUGUGGUAUUAUCAUCCAUUAUAAUCGCCGCCAUGCUUGGCCUUAUAGACUACCAAGCAGCAAUUCAUCUAUGGCACAUCGACAAAUUUGACUUCUUAGUAUGCAUCAGUGCAUAUAUUGGUGUCGUUUUUGGCAGCGUUGAGAUUGGCUUGGUCAUCGCGGUAGGGUUAUCUUUGCUGAGGGUCCUAUUAUAUGUUGCAAGACCAAGGACACUGGUGCUUGGCAAUAUACCGGAUUCCAUGAUCUAUAGAAGCGUGGAUCAAUAUGAGAAUGCAACCCGAGUUCCAGGAAUUCUCAUACUUGAGAUUGAUGCUCCCAUUUACUUCGCCAAUGCAGGCUAUUUAAGAGAAAGGAUAUCGAGAUGGAUCGAUGAGGAGGAAGAUAGGGUCAAAUCCUACGGAGAAACCAGCCUACAAUAUGUCAUACUUGAUAUGGGUGCCGUUGGUACCAUUGACACAAGUGGGAUAAGCAUGCUUGAAGAGCUUCACAAGAACAUUGACAGAAGAGGGCUCAAGCUUGUACUGGCCAAUCCAUCAGGGGAGGUGGUGAAGAAGCUCAAUAAGGCAAAGUUCAUCGAGUCGAUUGGCGAGGAAUGGAUAUAUCUGACCGUGGGAGAGGCUGUUGGGGCAUGCAACUUCAUGCUUCACACAGGCAAACCAAAACAACAGAAGGCAGAUGAAUCAGAGACUUGGAGCAAUAAUGUCUAAACUUCCAUUGAAUCAUAAAAGGAUGCUGUUGACUUAGGAUGAAAUUGGAAGCUUUUUAAUUCCCCAACAUUGUGUAAUUUGUUGAAUAUAUAUAUAUAUAUAUGUAUAUAUAGCUCACAUGUUUGAAAGUAUAUACUGAAAUCCUUGCGGAUUCAUAAUGAAAAAGCCACUGGGUUUCUUUUUGUUGUUGGCUUCAUCUAUAUAUGUCAUGUGAAUUUGUGGGUUGACGGGGCCACGAGUAUGUGAUUUAAUUCGGUGUAAACGAAAAAUCUUUCUAGGGUUUGACAUAUUACAAAUGACCGUGAAAUAGUG